UUCCCUGGCAACCGUUCGGCGCUGAGCAUCACAGAGCGAUUGGUCCGACGGUGCCGGUUCCGGGUCGUCCUUUCCCAGCUCUUAAGACCUUGCAGCCCGGUUAACCCGAUGUUUCAUGGAACAAUCAUAGAAGAACUAAUCAAUCAUGAAGAGUGGAGUCACUAUAAUGAAAAUAUAAUAGAAGAUCAAAAAGAUUUUGUUUUUAUGAAGUUCAAUGGCCUUCAUUUAAAAUCUAUGGAAAAUCUGCAAUCUUGCAUCUCUCUAAGAGUAUGCAUAUUCUCAAACAAUUUUAUUACAGAUAUACAUCCACUUCAGAGUUGCAUAAAAUUAAUCAAACUUGAUCUCCAUGGAAACCAGAUAAAGAAUCUACCAGAUACUCAUUUUUGGAGUGGAUUAAAGAAUCUACAACUCCUCUAUCUUCAUGACAAUGCAUUUGCAAAGCUGAAGAAUUUGUGUGCAUUAUCUGCCUGUCCAACUCUUAUUGCUCUCACUAUGUUUGACUGUCCAGUAAGCCUUAAAAAAGGAUAUAGACAUGUUCUUGUUAAUUGUAUAUGGACACUUAAAGCCCUGGAUCAUCAUGUGAUUUCUGAUGAAGAAAUCAUUCAGAACUGGCAUCUUCCUGAAAGGUUCAAAACAUGUAAUGACCGACUUUUCUUUAACUUCUGUCCUGCUUUAAUAAAGGGAAAAACCUAUGAGGAUGAAAUUAAUAACAUUAAAUAUAUUAUUUCAAGAAUUAAUGUAAUUCUGGCUCAUAACUCACCAGUUUUGAUUAUUCAAAGAUGGAUACGUGGUUUCUUAGUUAGAAAACAUUUCAGCACUUUAUUUUUAAGUAAAAGACAUCAGGAGAAAAUUAUUAAAGAAUAUGAAGCAAAAUGGCUUUACAUAACUAACAGGAAUGAAGACGAAGUCUUUAAGGAUAUCUUUUCCAAGCCUCAAAGUCAUGUAAAAGGAAAACUUCAGCAUUGGAGACAUAAUGUAUCUCCUGCUGAUGCAAAAAUGUCUGCUGAGCAGAUAAAAGAUGUUUCCCCUAUUUUAUGUGAAUCAAAAGCAAAAGAUACUAGCAGGAAGUCAACAAAAUCAAGGCAUCUCUUUCAAAAAGGUCAGGAGUCUGUGGCUGAAACUGAGGAUGAAGAAUUAGAUACCAGUUUUAGUAUAUCAUCUUUCAAACUACCUAUAUAUACUUCAAGUCCACUGAAGUAUGCAGAAGCACUGAAAGAAAAACAAGUUAGUUUUCCUGCCCUCACCCAACCAUUUUCUAUCACUCAGCCAAAACCACUAAUUAAAAAAGACACAGUAUUGGAGAGGAAAAGAAGAAAGAAAUUUCCUACACAGGGGCUUGGUAUAAAACUCCAAAUGCUUAAUGAUGUUGAUGAAUAUUACACAGAGCAAAAGAAGCAAGAUCUCCGUACAGAAAAAGUAAAAACUGUAGUCACAGCACAAACUGCCCAAGCAAGAGCUAGCAUAACUACUGAGGAAAAAGUAAUCAAGAAAAAAGAUACUGAACGGAAGCUAAUUGAAAGACAUAAGGAGACAAUUCAGAGAGGUUUACAACAACUUUUGCAGGAAAGAUUAAAUUAUCUUGAAAAAGUUAAAGAAAGAAGAGCUCUCUUUCUAGAACAAAAGAACCAAAAGGCAGCAGACCACUUAUUAAUUCAAAGCCUAAAUAAUGAGCGCACCCUUUUGCUCAAAGGAAUGGUCAACAUUGACAGACUCAACAAGAAUGAAGCUGUCCUGAGAGAGAAAAAGUUGAUGGUUCAGGAAAACCUUAAAGCAGAAAAAUAUCAAAACAUUGUACUUAAGCACAUGAAGAAAAUCAGGGCUCAAGAAAUACAUAAAAGACACUGUGAAGAAAAGUUUGUUCUUGACAUGCUGGCUUUUAGUAAAGCCUAUGAAAGACAGCAAGAUGUUAAAGCAAAAGUUGCAGCUGUAAAAAACCUUACCUUUCAAUUCUUAGAGGAACAACAAAAGGAACCAUUGCCAAGGAAUGAUCAGUGA